UUGACCUUCGUUCGCGCGGACGCGUUAGAAAGCAUAGAUUUUCUUUCGUCUGCUUCAAAAUCAUGAAUUGGAUGGGCGGUGCACGCAAUCGGGUCAAAUUUCAUGACGAAAAAAAAGCACAACAAGAGUUCUUUGACCGUCAGCGCCUUAAAACCUUGACAGAUCAUUCUAAAUCCCAAAAGAAGAAACAUAGUCAAGAUUUGCUGGCUCUUCACACUGUUGGUAGAGUUCAUUCACCAUUUCCAGUGAAACAACAAAAUGCAAAGUCGAUAAGAAAGCUGGAUUUGGAGAAGUUUAUAUCCUGUACGAGACAAAUAGAAGAUGUUGAUUUAGGACCUUGCCCUCCAAAUACCAAAUCAUCAAAAAUACUUCUGAAUGAAGUGACCAAUGGGCAUUUAAAUUCAUCACAAAAAAACAAAGCUCAUGACAGUUUGAUUCAGACAUUUGGAUCAGAUGAACAAAAGACAUGGCAUAAACAUCUUGAUAAAAAAGGAACAGUAACUGUGGUGAAUAAAUCAGAAAAGGCCGCGACAAACAAAAAGCUUUUCCUGAAUUCUACACAACCCUUUCAAUUCAGCAAGCCCAAAUCAACUGCAGAAUGCAAGCAGAAGCUUUUGGUAUUUGAAGACUUCACUACUACCCCUUUGGUUCACUAUCAGCAAAAGAAGACAGUUGGUGAGCAAGCAUUCAAAAGGCACAAAAGUCAUCAUAGAGAUUUGCCUGGUUACAAAAAUGGACAGAUUGAACUUAUGCGUGGACCUUUUCAAGAGUCAGUACAAGGGAGUCACUCAACCUCUACCCCAAUAUCUUUACCCCAUCAACCACUUUCAUUUGACAGAAUGAAGCAUUUCUCAACAACUGAGUAUUUGUCACCUAUUAAGAAAGAGUCGACUGUAUCAGAAUCAGAUUUUAUUUUUAAACCUCGACCUAUGUUUUCUGAAAUGCAAGACAAUGUAUCCCACAACAGUGCUGGUAGUCAGCCUUUUACACCUGUUCCUUUUGAAGACCCAUAUGGGAGAUCAAAACCUUUCUAUGCUACAAAAAUUGAUAUCAAUGAUGAUAAGAAAUUAAAAAAUUCUUUGAUGGAAGAUUUAUACAAAACUCCCAAAAUGUCAAGAUCAAACCUUAUGGACAGAAGGAAGUCACACACCAGCUCUAUGUCCAGCAAGAGCACUUCCUCCUUCUCUUCAGCAUAUGAAAAAUCAGAUACAGCUGCAAGUGAGUUUGAUGUUCAGCACAGAGCAAUAAUGCAACCAGAGGGUAGAUUUUCAUCCCUUACUAAGCACUCUCAGAAAACACUUUCUGAAAAUAAAACAGAACGACUGCCAAUUUUGGAAAGUGAAAAAAAUUCAAGUAUUCCAGACUCUUUGGACAGUAGGAAGUCGCACACCAGCUCUAUGUGCAGCAAGAGUACUUCCUCCUUUACUGCAGCGUAUGAACAACCAGAUUCAGCUUCAAAAGGUUUUGAUGUUCAGCACAGAGCCAUAAUUCAACCAGGUGGUGGAUUUUCAUCCCUGACCAAGUACCGCCUGAACAUGCUCUCAGAAAAUGAUACAGCAAGACAGCAAAUGAUUGAAAGUGAAUUAAAUUCAAGCAUUUCAGAAAAUAGUUUCUUCAAACCAUCUUUUACUGGAAAUGAUGAGGAUUUUCAAUACAGACCUUCUAAAGGGCAAAACAGUAGUGCAGAUAGAAGCGCAGAACUAAAAAAUACAAGCUAUAAAAGUGAAUUAAAUUCAAGCAUUUCAGAAACUAGUUUUUACAAACCAUCUUUUACUGGCAUUGAAGGUGAUUUUGAGUACAGACCUUCUAAAAGGCAAAACAGUAGGACAGAUGGAAGUGCAGAACUAAAAAAUACGAGCUAUAAAAGAAGCUUAAAUAUAAACAAGGGACAGGAAAGAAGUUUAAAGAGGUCAAAUGGUUUGUCAAGUGAAUCAUUCCCAAGUCCCAAAAAUGCUGAUGUUUUUCCAAAGCAUUGUGAGAUACAGAUUGAACCACAGGGUUCUACAAGUGAAGCAAAUUGCACAGAUGCAGAGAUGGUGAACUCUAGUGACCUUUGCAACUAUAAACCACAUCAGGAAAGGUCUGAAAAUAUUAUAGAUGAGAUAAAGCAGUUAGAUGAACAAGAUCGGGACAGUCAGGACAAGUCACAAACAAUUAUAAUGUCUUCACUUUUGCCAAAAGAUGGGAAAUGCUCAGAGAGCUUUGAGGCUGAAGUAUACCUUGACAGUGAGCAUAAACUCAUGGAAGAAGACAUCAAGUACUACAACAAUCAUGUGGCUAAGCCACCAGUAACAGAAGAAGGUAAUGCAGCCUUUCAACCUAAAAGACCAAGUUCAUAUGGAUCUAGCCAUGGAGAGUAUUCGUCAUCUGUCUCUCCAGUGUUCGAUCCUGAAAAAGAGAUUGGAAUCCCAGGUGAUGAAAACGAAAAAACAUUAAAAACUUUUAUAGAAUCUAAAAAAAACACAAAUGUAAAUGUAAAAGAAACAAGUUAUAUCUCACAACCGUUGCAACAUUUGCACAAGUACUCAAAGGUGGAAAGACAUUUGCAGGAUCCAGAAAUUUCCUCUGGGAAAACUCAGUACACUCAAACAGAGAGCUGUCACACCAUGUUCAAUGAUGUAGCAACCUCACCAUUGCUGCCAGCAGGGCCCAGUCAACAUCAUUCUGGUACUCAGUGUGAUUUGUAUCAAGAAGUGUUCAAAGUUCCAUCUCUGAAGAAGAUUGCAGGAAAUUGCUUUGCUACCAAUUUAAUACAGUCAAACAAAUCAGCCAAUGAUCCAAGAGUCUGUGAAAAUGAGCCUUAGAAGCAUGUUAAACAUGUUUAUGCUACAUGUUAUAGUAUGUAUGACACUUGCUUGCCAAAAAAGUCGAGCACACAAUUGAAAAUGAUAUUUUCAACAUUUUAAAAUGUGUGUGUCCAAUUUAAUAAUAAUUUGUUAACUCCGUAUUUUCAAUAUUUUUAAUUGAUAUUCUUAU